UGUGAACCAAGAUCCAUUGAAUCAAGACAUUUCCUUGUCCUUCGCGGUCGUCUUCUUCAUUUCCUUGUUACCAGAGAAAAGGAAUCAUCAUCAUCAGCAAGGACCCUUACUCCAUCCAUCUAUCCAUUAAUGGCAGAUUGGUCUGAACUCCCUAGAGAUCUUCUCCAACUUAUCUCCGAAUUCCUCCAAAGCGAAUUCUAUCUUCUUCGCUUCCGAUCCGUAUGUUCCACGUGGCGCUCUUCCAUCUCAAACAACCUUCAUCUCUAUCUCCCUUCCCAAUUCCCAAACCCAUCACAUUCCAUCAACCUCCAUUCCAACACCAACACUUUCCCACUCUCCAAACGAACAAUCUUUCUCAUCAUCCCACCCCCAAUUCCAGAUCAUCCUCAAACCCUACUACAGCCUUGGUUAAUCAAAAUCGGUCCUAACUCACGUGACCAAACUAACCUCUUCCACCCUCUCGCACGUGACACACCUUUCCCUCUUCGUUCCCCUAACGUCAUCGACUUCAACCAACUCAACGUCAUCCAUCUUGGACACGAAUUCGUCAUCGGUAACUUCAUUUCCCAUUCUCCCAAUCACAACUCACUCUACAUGGAAAAACUCGUUCUCUAUCAUGACACGUCGCACACCGAAAAAGUAAAACAUCCUUCUCCCGUUCUCCUCACUAUUCAUGUUUCCGGUAAACUCGCUGUAUUCCGAUGCGGAGACGAGCACUGGAAGAUUAUUCCUGAAAUGCCGGCGCCUUUCGACGAUGUCUGUGUUUUCAAAGGUCGGCCGAUUGCCGUUGAUAAUAUCGGUCGAACUGUUUCGGUCGGACCGGAUUUAAGUUUGGAUUUGGUGGCGGAGGCUGUGUUUGGUGGUGACAUUAAAUUCUUGGUGGAGAGUGAUGGUGAAUUGUUGCUAGUUGAUAAGUAUUUGUCUUGUUUUUGUGGUGAUAGGUUUUUGGAGGAUGAUGACAAUGUUCCACAUGAUGGUAGUGAUGAAUUUUAUCAUGAGAUUGGAAUGGAGAGAGCUGUCAGAUUUGAUGUGUAUAGGCUUCAUGAGGAAGAGAAAAAGUGGGUGGAGGUCACUGAUUUGGGGGAUAGAGUUUUGUUUUUGGGGGAAGAUUGUGCUUUUUCUGCUUCUGCUUCGGAUUUGCGUGUUGGUAAUGGGAAUUGUGUGGUAUUUAGGGAUGAUGCUUUUCGAAAUCAUUGUUCCACAGAAGUUGGGAUGAGUGUUUUUCACUUGGAUCAAUGUGGAAUAUCACCUUUGUCUGUUUUUCCGAGUUAUUCCAAGUUGUUCUGGCCACCUCCGGAAUGGGCCGGGAUGGUUCACAACUAGAAUGUGUCUUGCAUUGAAAGGUAAGCCAAAAAUGACUUUUUCCACUAUUUUCAUGCUUCUGCCAAUGGAUCAGGCUCUCAUGAGUGCGCAACAGAUAAGAUGUGUAUUAUUUACUGAAAAUGGAGCUCAAAGGCUCUACAAAGGAAAAUGAAAUAAACCAGAGCAAAGCUUAUCAGAGAGAAUACUCUCCUAACUAACAAUCAACAAUAAUUCUCAAUUAUUCCCUCACUCCCCUUGCUGCCCUCAUAUUCCCACUCGCUAACAAAAUUGAGUCGGAUCUAAUGCCUUGUCAAUAACUAACUUCCCUAUUCAACUUAGUUGUUGGACUUAGGCCCAAACCCAGAGUCCUAACAUGUACUCACAUUAUUGUUUGUUUGUAUGAAGAGGACAUUCAAAUUAUUAGUAACUAUUGAAUCAAGAAGCCCACUGUUUCUGCAGCUCUGCUCAUAAUGUUCGUUGUGUUGCUUAGAUCGUCUCUACCCCAAGUUAUUGGGGUUAUUAAAUAGGUUUUACUUGUUUUACUUUUUCAACUUAAGUGCCUAAGAAGCAUAUCAUCCUUUCUACCCACACACCCAAUAAAGUUACUAAAUGGACUGGACCAAUAACUUCACAUUAUUAUAUUUCAUCAAUAAUUCAUCUAUUUAUUAACUUAUAAUAUCUCCACCUCAUCUCAUAAACCAGACACACUGACCCUCCUAAAAACAAGAGAAAGAGUACUUGUGCGCAAUAGGUACCAUUAGGAAUUAGGCCAUAGUGGAGUACUUAUUUGGUAUAAAUUCUUAAUGGGUUAUUAAGCUUUCUCCAUUGAGGACACUUAUAAUAUAUAUGUGUCUAUUGAUCUAUUGCUAAUAAGCCUACUGUUUCUGCUCACAAGAUUAAGCUAGCUAAGCCGACUGGACAAAUUGACAGUUGAAUAUGCUGAAAAUGUUUAGAAGUUAAACUCAAACUAGGGCAUACUACUUAUAAGUAAGGGAUCAACAAGUGCUGCAUGAGAUUUAAUGUAAGGACUAUAGGUCUUCAAUAUAGUUCAUUCAUUCAAUAUAGUUCAUUCAUUAGAACAUAAAAGAGCUUUACUAGCUAAUAUUAUAUCCCUGAGUUGUGGAAGAUUCUUUCAAGUGAAAUGAGGUUGAUUUAUCCUCUGAAUAACAACCUUCUAUCUGCUUAAUCAUGCUUUUUGGCAUAAAGCUUAAGUCAAAAUUAUUAGUGCAUCCUGCCACUGAGACAACAGUGUCCAUACUUGGAUGGUUGUUACCUUGCCAACUUGGAUGUUUCUUAAGGACGCAAACAGAUUGGAUAGAUUAUUACUAGAAAAUGGAAGUGAGAUUCUCCAAAAGAUCUUUAAUCUCUAAACGAGCUUCUUGGAGUUCUCUUCAGGAUUUUUGAAUUUUAAAGGCAAACAUUAUCAUCUGUGAAGCUGUUUUUGUUUAUAUUGUGACGAUGAUAGAUCCUAUACCAAGAAUGUGAAGCAUCUAGUUUCAUCUGAUACUACCCAUAUAAUAUCAUUAUUUAAUCAAACCUAGCUACUUACUAAGUACAAUAUCUGUUAACAAAAAA